AUGGAAAAAGCCUAUAAGAACUUCUGUGAUAAGCUUCCUGUUCAUGAAAGUAUUUCAUUUGAUGUAAUGAAGUAUUGUAUCAGGAUUAAUGAUAUGGCAACUUUCGACGAACUCACAAUAAAUUUCAGAAAUACCGAUUAUUCAUUAGAGCAAUUACUUAAAUUACUCAAAUUAUCACCUUUGACAUGGUCAUUUGCAUCAAAAAAGAUUGUUGAAAAAGAACCAGAUGGGUCAGUUUGUAUUCCAUUACCAAGAUAUUAUUUUAUUUCAGAAGAUAAUGGUAUUAUUCCUGCACAAGUUGCUGAUAUCAUUAUGAAAGAUCCCGAAUUACAAUCACAACUUACAGCAUAUGAUUGCAUCAAUUUGUUAUCAAUGAUUAAUCAGAAUUACACAGAUAUUUCUCCCUUGAUUUCUCUUUUAACAAAAUUUGGAUUGAUUACUGAUCCAAGUCAAAUUAAUGAAAAUACAUCAUUAACAGAUAUCCAAGAAAUUGUUUAUAAUUCUCCUAAAAUUGAUGAACUUAUCAAAGAAGAUAUUGAAGGAUUCGCGAAUAUUAUUGCACCACAUCAUGAUUUUAUCACUAAAGUCACUGGAAUUGAAGUUUCAAAAGAAUUUUAUGAUAAAAUUGUCCAUAUUUAUGUCAAUGAUGUCGAUCAUCAAUCACGAUAUUUUUCAAGGAAAAAUUCUAUGAAAAAAGGAACAAAAGAAUCGACUCUAAUGGAGAAAUAUUUUGAAGCAUUUCUUACACAUCCUAUUAAUAGAAAGCAUGUUGAUUUCAAACAAUUGUGCAUAUCAAAUAUGAAUAUUUCGGUGAUCAGGCAAUUUGAAUAUACUGAAGAAGAAAUUUCAUAUCUAAAAACUAUACCAUUCUUGAGAGAACACUUGUUAUACAAUCAUAAUAAUUUCAAAUUCUAUACUAUUCAAGAAAUUAUUGAAUUGGGAAAUUAUGAAGUAACAAUCAAUGCAAUUUUGGCUAAACCAUUAACACCAGAAGAGAUAACAGUAAUAAAAGUAUUUUUGAGACCAAAAAUUUUGGUGAUGAUGCAAAUCAAUGACCAAAGUGAUUCUGAAAAAUUCUUUAUGAGAACUAUUUUCAAGAGAAAAGAGCUCUGUAACGAAUUUCCAAAUAAUAUUUUACUAUAUUUCUUUAUACCAGUAGUUACAUUCGAUGAGGAAUGCAGCAAUAUUUUGGAUGUCUUGAUUACAGGGGAUUUAGCUGACGAACAGAAAUUUGAUAUUUUUAUGAAAAUUCCAAUUAAUCAAAAGACAAAAGAUUUCAUCCUAUCUCGGAAAGAAAAGAUCGAUAAAUCGUGCUUGAUUAUUUUUUCUGCGAGAGCUUCAAUGCACAUUGUUGAGAAAGGAACUCCAAUUGGAGAUAUAUACUUUGCAAGGAUUUUUAGCGUAUUGGACAGGAUUAAAUUUACAAAUCGUAUAUAUUAUCACUUGCUGUAUAUUUUAUAUAUACUCUUCAUAUUCUGGAAGAAAUUUUUUAGUUAUGAGCUAAAUUUCUUCCCAAAUAGCCGCAACAUCAGUAUUCCAAGAUUGGUCGCUUAUUAG